AUGGGUGGUCAGUACGACAAGAACUUCGCCCGCCGCGCCGUCCAGUUCAUGGGUUUCGCCUCGCUCUUCGCUCUGAGAGCUGCAGUCACCUCUCUCCGCCAAAAUGGCCACGGCGUGAUGUGGCCCGCGCCGCCGAUCAACGCGACGCUCGCCACCAACCCCUACCUGGGCCCGUGGGCGCCGCAAGUACCGGGCAUGAUGGGUCCGUGGGGCUCGGCCCCGUCUCAGCAGAUCAUCGCCUCCGUCGACGCGAUGCCGCUCAUCAUGGCGCAACACACGCGGCGCUUCCCCGACAUGCCUCGGUCGCAAUGGAACCACCCGCUCAACCAGCGUGGCGACCUGAGUCAAUUCAACAAUGUCCGCGUGGACCGCUCGACGUCAACGACCGCCAACGGCCUCACCGCCGCCCGGCAGCUCCUGGACGACUGGUGCGCGAUGACGGACCUGGAGCGCGAGGAAGCCAUCGCGUUCUGCGACUGGUACUCGCCGAACAUCCAGCCCUAGGCUAGAUGUUAAGUUUCUUUAUAUUCACUAGUGCCUCUGUGCCGGGAGACGCGCCGCGACUUCCACGGUGUCGUCUGCGGGUCGUCGCCUUAAAAAGUCGGCGUUUGACGGUGGAGGUGGCCGCGGACGCCUGGCCGUCUCGCGCUGCGGCCGCCCGUAGCUAUUUGCAGGACCGCGAUGGCUACAAAUCCGCAACGCGAAGACCACAUGACUCGCAGGUCGUAUUGUGCACGCAGAGAGCACCUAGCGUAGUCUAAUCGAUUCCGGAAGUGGGACGCGUAGACUGCCUCUUCCAGAUCGGCUGAUGAGAGACCGCGGUCAACGAAUACUCGAGUGUCCGGUUUCACUAGGGAAGCAAGGAUACCAACCACACACGCGGGCCGCGCGUUCGCCUCGGUUUCAUACCGCUCGGUGCCGGCGACGAAUCUACUCGUCCUGCGCCUCGCUGAGGGUGGAGUUGUGGCCAGGAGCCGUCCCGCUAUCUAGGGGCCGCCGCGCGCGCCGCGCAGUACGUCGCAGUGGAGCUCGCCAGCAAUCGUUGCGCUGUCGCGGCCCAUCGGCCGCGGCUUCCUUCAUGAGUGCUGUCGCCGCCGCGCCCGCCGCGUCGCUGCGCUGGUGAGGUGGGCAAGAGGUGCGCUGCUUUUAGCUUUGGCAGCGCUGAGCCAUCGCAGAAAUGCUGCUGUUGUGCAAAAUCAAUCGAAACCAAGGCGCCUCGUAAUACUGCGCCUCGGAUGCGGCCAAACUCCGCGUAGCACCGUACCGUGGAGCUAGCG